AUGGAGCAUGAGAUGGAAGAUAUUAGCUUGUGUGAGGCUUGGCUCCAAGUUAGUCAUUGUCCCGUAACGGGCAAUGAGAUCAAAUUCUGUCAUAUGUGGAAAAAAAUUCAUCAGGAAUUUUGUGAAAGGGUAAUUGGUUCUACCCGUACGGAUCAGGCAUUAUCUAGUAUGUGGAAAAUUCUUAAUAUGGGAAAAUGGAGAGAUGCCUUGACAAAAGCGAUGAACAACCAUAGAAGCGGGGAAAACCUUAGCAGUGAGAUUAUGCAAGCACAGAUGUUUUUUGGUGCUACUGGGCAAGGGAAAAAAAGUUUCAACCAUACCCUGUGUUGGGAGGUGGUGAAGAAUUGUAAGAGAUUCCAAAUUAUUCCAACGGGUCCAACGAUAGUGUUGAACGAGAUGCCACUCCAUGAGACACCGACAUCGGAUUCACCUAUGGAUUCCCCGAUGAGUCAAGACUCACCUAUAGAAAAAGAGUCGAGGCCUAUUGGGAGGAAGGCGGCGAAGGCGAAGAGAGGGAGUAAUUCUACCAAGAAUACAUCUAAAUAUUUGGAGGAGCUUUCAAAGAUGCAAGCCAUGAGAAUUGAAAUGGAUAUGAAACAACAAGAGCACGAUAGGGCAAUGGAAGUAGAAUAUGCAAAAGAAAGGGAGUGUGUAUGCCAAGGAAAGAUUGAAAAAAACGAUCGGGAAACCAUGGCUAUGGAUACAACCCAUAUGUCCCCCGAAACAAAACAAUUUUGGAAGUUAGAACGAAGGGAUGUUAUGAGACGAAGACUUUUUGGUGAUGAUGGACCUAGCAACACGGAUUGGUUAAAUGAUCAAAACCAUUAA